UUCGGCCAGUGUUGACAAACGCCACGCAGUCAAAAGCAAAUCUCAUUUAGUUUCCAACGCUGCUGGCCUGGCAAAAGCAAAAAUCGAAUGUAUUAUUAUAAAGGCCCGUAAUGCUGUUGAAAAGAACUUAAAGCCUCACGACCAGAGGCUUCUCCGCGUGUGUGUGUGCACUUGUGCCUGUGCGUGUGUGUGCCCUAGCGUGCGUGUGUUUACCUGGAUUCCCUAAAAAAAAAUCAGUAAACUGAAAGUGAAAAAGAAAACGGGAAGAGACGACAAAGUCUGCCUGCGUGCCAUUUUUUCAUUUCAUUUCGCGUGGAAUACUUUCGGACGACGCGAUGGCCUCCACCAGCAAUCUGCUGGACGUGGUGCGCCACUACCAGCGCAGCAUUGAGAAGCACGGCGAGGACGAACAACGGCUGCUGCACUGCAUCACCAAGCUGUUCAACCUGCCGAUCAAAUUCGAGCACCUGCAGGAAACUGGAAUUGGCAAGACGGUGAAUGCCCUGCGCAAGAUCAGCGGGGAAGUUGGCGUAGCGGCCAAGACGCUGGUAACCAAGUGGAAGGCUAUGGUGGCGAAGGAGGACCCUUCGAUCGCAUCUACGCCCACAGCCAGACACAACGAAGAGGACUCAGUCAAGACCAAGUCCAGCGACGAGGAUCCCGACCAGGAGAACAAGGGCGGCAACUCAUCCAGCGGCGAAGACUUACACACCAGCAAGCACAAGUCAAAGCAUGCCAAGGGCUCCAAGCAUGAGCGUAGCAGCAGCAGCCGAUCUCACUCCAAGAGUAGGUCUGACUCGGAUAAGAAGCACAAGAGCACUCGUCACGACAAGUCCAAGGAUAGGGAUAAAGAUCGGGAGGGCCAGAAGGAAACUAAGGAGCACAGAGAAAGGAAGUCAAAUGGCGAGCACAAGCCAAAGGAUUCCAGCAAAUCCAGUAGCAGUCACAAGAGCAGCAAAUCCGAGAGCCACAAGAGCGAACACACCAAAAGCAAGCACGAAAAGGACAAGACUUCGCACAGCGAUUUAAAGGAAGUCAAAGACAAGUCAAGCAAACACAAAUCAUCGUCCUCCAAGUCAUCAAAGCGCUCCCAUAGUCCCCCACGCCACGAGGAGGAGUCUCAAAAGGCAAAGAUACCCAAAGUUAAGUCGAAAUCUGAGGAAGAUUCCGCUGAUGGUUUUGACUCCAGCAUGGGCGCAAAUUUUGACGAUGUUCUUGGUCUGCUAAACAUACCCAUAAGUAGCAAGAAGAGCAGCAGCAACAGCAAGAGCAAGUUUGUCGCCAAGCCAACUGCAGCCCCUUCCUCGUCAGCACCUACGACUGCUGGAUCAUCCAAAGAGGCCCUCUCGACCAGCAGUCGACCGACCUCCAAAAAACCCGAACUGUUGGCGUCCACAGCUAAGCUGGAGCCCUUGGAUCCAAACAUUGCACUAGAACUUCCCACCAUAUCCAAUAACUACAAGCCCUUACCAUUAAAUCAGACAGUUAUGGACGUUGUCUUUAACCAGGGUGGCACACAAAAGGCGCAAGCAUCACGAUACUUUAAUGAGUCAGAAGCUCUAGCGCAGGGCAUCUCCUCCAAAACUAUGCGUACCAAGAUCUAUUCGGGUGUGAGAACUGGUCAGAUCCUGCAGGUCCCUUCCCUUUUUGAUCUCUGCAUCCGCGUGCUGCAAAAGAACAUUGAUGCACUGGAGUACACGGGUGGCGUUCCGUUUGAGGUCCUACGUCCCGUUUUGGAGCGCGCUACCCCCCAGCAGCUGCUUAACUUUGAGGAGUACAAUCCUUAUUUGAUGGAUGACAGUGAUGUCCUAUGGCAACAACAUGUCCAACGUCACUGUCGCAGUCAACGGCGUGAAGAGAUGGAAACGUGGCGCGAAAUGUUUUUGCGCUGCCAAGAGGAAAAGGAUCGCAAACUUAGCAUUCUGGCCGAGAGCAUUAAGGCAUCGCAAAAGAUAAGCGAGGCGCCUGUGCGCAAGACGCAAUUGGCCUUUGUGGACUCAAUGGUGAAGCCGCCGCGCAGUGUGCAGCGCAAGCAAGAGCAAUAUGGCACCAAGGGCAAGCUCAUUGCCACUCCAGCCGCCCGAGUGGCCGCCUUGUCCAGCGUGACUCCAAAUGCAGCCAAGGUGGGCGAUGCCCGACUACGUGUGCUGGCCGCUGCCAGGGACACGGCCCAAGUGGGUGCUGGACCAGCGCGAUCCAAGAAGGCACCUCUAAUGGCGAAGACCUUGCAGUUUAUGCGCGGACGUCUUAAACGAUAAAUGCGUUUACUCAUUAUAGCUACAAUCUUAUACUCAACUUCUUCAGCAACAACUUAAGCAGCAGCAGUAGCAGCAAACUCGAUCUAUCAGGCAUUCACGGUGGGAUUACCUCCCAACUUUAUUGGCAAGGACUUUCAGUUCUGCAUAAAGUGACCAUGUGAUACUAGACCUUCUGCUUCCCAGUGCGCUGUGGAAUCAACCUGCUGCUGUCGACAUGCGUACGAUAUGCAUGCUAUUUAUUAUUUAUUCACGUUCUGCCCUCUUUCAUUACGCUGUAUAAGUCAUUAUAUUUAAGCCAACAGGAUAAAGAUAAAGCUUUUGUUGCAUCCCGCUGCGUCGUAGACAAGCUCAUUUACAUAAGUUAAGAUAUUUGAUUAUAGUGGUUCAAUUGAUUCAUUGCAUGUAACUUACGAUCAGAAGGCUGAUCACUCCAACACUAUUUUAAAAAUAAGUUCAAUGUUCUUUGUUCAAAAGGGCUGUGCGUAUGUCCAAAAUCAUAGAGGUUCCAAGCUAAAUAAUUGUAUAUAAAUGUAUUUACACAAUCCUAAACCUAUAUGAAACUACCUAAAUUAUUGAAGAACAGUAAAAUGUCUCAAUGCAUCGCUAAUUAAAUUCGAUCAAAAAAUUCUA